UGUUGUUUAGUUUUAUCACAAACAGCAGAAACAUGUCUCACGGCUGGGGCUACGGAGCCGACAACGGUCCAGACACAUGGGAAGAGGGAUACCCGAUCGCCACCGGACCCCGUCAGAGCCCCAUAAACAUCGUCCCCAGAGACGCAGUGUAUGACCCCGCCCUCAAGCCCCUGAAGCUGACCUACGACCCCAGCGACGCCAAGGGCAUCCUCAACAAUGGACACUCCUUCCAGGUGGACUUUGUAGACGACACCGACUCCUCAACCCUGACGGGAGGCCCUAUCUCUGGGGUGUACAGGCUCAAACAGUUCCACUGUCACUGGGGCAGCAGCGACGACCAGGGCUCUGAGCACACUGUGAAUGGCGUCAGGUUCCCCUGUGAGCUCCACCUGGUGCACUGGAACACUAAGUAUCCCAGUUUUGGUGAUGCAGCCAAAGAGCCUGAUGGCCUGGCCGUGGUCGGAGUCUUCCUCAGGAUUGGAGCAGCCAACCCCAGACUGCAGAGAGUCCUGGACAGUUUUGAGUCCAUCAAGAACAAGGGUAAGCAGAGCGGCUUCGGAGAUUUUGACACUCGGACCCUGCUGCCCCCCUCCCUCGAGUACUGGACGUACGACGGCUCUCUGACCACGCCCCCUCUGCUGGAGAGUGUCACCUGGAUUGUACUGAAGCAGCCAAUCAGUGUCAGCCCUGCACAGAUGGAGAUGUUCCGCAGUCUGCAGUUCUGUGCUGAAGGAGAGGGAGUGUGGGACAUGGUGGACAACUUCAGACCCCCUCAACCUCUGAAGGGACGUCUGCUCCGCGCCAACUUCAAAAUCUAAAUAAUUUGAAUAUUUAAUGUCAGAAUGCUCAGCCAGAAUGCAAAUAGGAAACAUUAUGAAACAAUAAAUUUAGGUAAAAACUACUUUUUUGAAAGUCUAGUUUGUAAUCAUUAUUUACUUAUUAGACAUAUUUUUAGAUUUUUUUUCAAAGUAUUUAAAGGUGCAUAAAGGUGUUACUUUUCUGGUUGUGAAACUGCCACCUGCUCGUUUCCAUGGACAGUAUGGCAUUAGACUUAUCCAACUUGCAUUUAUUCAACUACGGGAGUUUCUAUUAGUAUGACAGGUCAGAUCCUCUCCUCAGAUCUGACCUGUCACUUGUCUCCAUGGAGAUACACAUGUUUAAGAUAGUGGAACAUUCUAAGCAAAGCAAAACAAACAAAAUUACAUGUUGUUUAGGUUAAAGGGCCAAUAUUACACUAUUUUUUUUAUCUGUUCUAAUGUUGUUUCCUCAUCGCAAAUAGACCUGUAGUUGUGUUUUGUUUCAUUCACACAUGUUUAAAACACAAACCCUGCACAUUUAGUCCUUCUCUGAAACUGAAAACACUCUGUUCCACCUUGUGAUGUCAUGCGGAGAUACAGGAAGUGCUCCACUGUGUUUUUCUACUGAACAAAAGAUAAAAGGUUGCUGUUAACAUGAAAACUACCACUUCAUGGCAUCAUAAGGUGGAACAGAGCAUUUUGAGCUUUGUAAAUGUAGAUGGACUAAUAAUGCAGAGUUACACAAACAUGCGUGAAUGAAACAAAACACAACUCCAGGUCUGUUUUUGAGGAGGCAGUAAGUCAGUUUAGUGUAAUAUAGCACCUUUAAGAAAAUAUCACUUUAAAGAAAAUGUCCCAUUAGUCGGCUACAUAAAUAAAUUUGCAGUUUUGCUUGUAGUUUUAAAUGCAGGAAAUUACUAAUUAGUCUAUAUUUGAUUUUGUGAGAUUUUUUUCUACUCAACCAAACAUAAUUAAAAUGAUUUUGUCUAAGAUUGUACUGUAGAUUUUUUAGAAUUCAAGUCAUAUUUUUGUCUAAAUUUGAAUGAGAUGUAAAGUUUGAUAAGUUUAAUCCUGUUUUUGUUUGAGAUUGUUGUAUUUACAGUGAAAACUCAGACCUCAGCUAGAGACUUCAGCUUGUUUGGACUGGAAUAACAUGGAAAAAGUGCCUUAUUUAAAUGCUAUCUUGCUAAUGCUAAUUCCUCAGGAACAUAACCUAAUCUGUUUGUACAAUGAAGCCAAACCAAACACUGGACUUAUUUAUUCCAUUAUAAUGUGUAGCACAGUUUCAUGAGCUUGAGUCAAAUAUAAAAUAUUUAUAUAAGCAAGAAUGAUUUACUUGAAAAAAGUUUAAUAAAAUGUGAAUUGCCCUGUG